AUGAACUUGCUUGUUUCCAAGAAUCAGCAAAAGGCACAGCUCGCACACUCGCAGCAGGCUGUAGUUGGGAGUGCCGGUGGCGCUCCGCAGCAGCAGCCUGUGUGCCCUGCUAGCACUGGGUUUGGAUGGCAGCUGCGAGGGGCAGCGGUGCCCUGGGGUUUCCUGCCCUGCUCCUGUGCCAGGACACGGGGCCAGGCUGCCCUCGGCUGUCUGCGCCUUCGCUGGCCCCCAGCUCUUUGGUGGCGGUGGGUCACAUCAGGGGCUAUGGAGAAGGGAUCACUGUGGAGGGAACUUUCAUUUGCAGCAACAACCCCGGAGUUGGCUGAUAAGAAAAAAUAUCCUUAUUUCUUCCGGACAGUGCCCUCUGAUAAUGCAGUGAAUCCAGCAAUUUUGAAGUUACUCAAACAUUAUCAGUGGAAGAGAGUAGGAACUUUAACCCAGGAUGUACAAAGGUUCUCUGAGGUGAGGAAUGAUCUGACUGGUGUCCUGUAUGGUGAAGACAUUGAGAUUUCAGAUACCGAGAGUUUCUCUAAUGAUCCUUGCACAAGUGUAAAGAAGCUUAAGGGUAAUGAUGUUCGGAUAAUCCUUGGCCAGUUUGAUGAGGAAAUGGCUGUGAAAGUUUUCUGCUGUGCGUAUGAAGAAGAAAUGUAUGGCAGCAAAUAUCAGUGGAUUAUUCCAGGGUGGUAUGAAAACCUUUGGUGGGAGUCCUGGAUUAAUUCCUCACACUGUCUCAGCAAAAAUCUUCUUGCAGCCAUGGAAGGUUAUAUUGGAGUGGAUUUUGAGCCUCUCAGCUCAAAAAUUGAAAAGACCAUAUCAGGAAGGACUCCACAACAGUAUGAAGAGGAAUACAAUGCUAAGCGUGGUGAUGGGCAAUCCAGUAAAUUUCAUGGUUAUGCCUAUGAUGGAAUAUGGGUGAUAGCCAAGACCCUGCAGCGGGCAAUGAAGUAUCUGAAUGCCACCAAUAAGCACCAAAAAAUUGAAGAUUUUAACUACACAAAUCACAAGCUUGGCAAAAUUUUUCUGGACGCUAUGAAUGAAACCAGCUUCUUUGGAGUAACG